UGGAGUCGAAUUCUAUUCAAGUCAAUCCUAAUUUUGACCUGAAAGGCUAUGUAUCUGCAUUCAGGAAGUCUGAUGUCGAUCCUAUGGCAUAUUUCAAGGUUUUGAAAUUUGUCAUCGAAAAUGUUGGCUCUUACUUGCUGGAAAAGGACCAAGAAGCAUUCCAAGGAAGGUUCCUGGCGGAAUUGAUUCGGCUGGACCCGGCCCUCUUCGACAUGUUCCAGAAGAAAAUGGACUGCAGUUUAAGCCAAAAGAGCUUGCAAAUUUGCCAAGAAGAUCUCAGGAAAAAAGCUCCUCAGUUACUGACACAUCUCAGAAGACUUGAAAAAACUGAAACUGAUAUGUCUGAAGAAGAUGAAGAAAAACAUUUGGCAGCCUUGAAAGAUCAAGGUUUACCAACCAAGUUCUUUCUGGCAGACCGUUUGAUGUACUACAUUAAAAAACGGAACAUUGACAAAGUGGAUGAAAUCAGGACUCGCUUGGAAGGGGAAGGGUUCGAGUUCUCGAACGCUCAGUGCGCUCAGCUGAUUGGCGUCUACUCGGAAGCCAAGAACCUUGACGUCGUCCAAGAUUUGAUGCAGAAGAUGAAAAAAAUCAAUCCAGGUUUCAGACUGGAUAUCGUGAAAGCUAUCGAGUAUGCUGCAUUGCUGGUGAAAUAUGAAAAAUAUGACGAAGCCAUCGAGGGCCUGAAGGAUGCCCUGAGUGACACAAAUCAGAUGCAGAAUACGCCCUUUCUCCAGAGGUGCCUGAGGAAGUUGUUGAAUUCGGCCGCAGAGACGGGAAAUGCGGAUUUUGUGAGGAACCUGCACAACGUCUUCAUGCCCCACGUGGACAGAAUGGUCUCAAAGGAAGUCCUCCUGGAGAUGCUCAUCAAGGUUCAUGCUUACAAGGAAGACUUGGAGAGUGCCCUGGAUGAGUUUCGGAAGUGCGUGCAGCAGCAUCGUAUGGCUCCCUGUCUCAACCUGAUGCUGAACAAGUGCAUCCUUUGCAACGACCAAGACACGCUCCAGAAAGUUCUCAAUCUAACCACAUCUUCUUUUGGUGAAGUCAUUGCAACAAGCGAACUGGCGGCAGCUCUGGUCGAGACGGGGAGGAGGGAUCGAGCGCUAGAGGUCGUAGAGGUACUGCGAGACAGACCCAACCUCAGUCAUAUCGAAGAAAUAUGUAGAAGGAUGCACAACAGAAACAAGGUGGCAGCCCUAGAGCAGUUCGUACACGUCACCAAAGGACUGACACACCUCAACAGAGAGAGGAUGUACCAUCUUCUAUUGUCAUUGCACGCCGACAGAAAUAAUGUGGAACAGGCAUCGAGGGUCUUGAAAUCGAUGCAGGAGGAAAAUAUAAGUCCCAGCCGAGAGACAACGAGAAUGAUUCAUGACCUCUACCGACUCAACGGCAAGAGCAUCCCUUCGGACCUAAGGGACAAGAUGUCCCAGGGGGAGCCAGAGGGGGGGAAUCAGACCGAGUCCCUGACCUCUGACUACUUCAAGGAGAAAUUCAUGGAGCACGUCAUGCAGGAGGAUGCCACCAAAGCUCUGGAUGAGCUGAAGAGAAUGAAGAAAGGCCACAUCCGCUCCUUGUCCGUUGCCGAGCUGACUCAGUUUGUAGACCUGCUAAUGAGGAAGAAAAAUCUGUUGGGUGAGUUCAAUCAAUAUCCUGCUCUUGCUGUGUUUAUUGUUAUAUGA